CUUUUUACCCAGGUUCAUGCAUUCCCAAUUUGUCUAUUAGCCACUGACGGCUUCGUUUCGGCGACCUCGGACGACUUUAUUCCAAUCACCAUGACACACAACUCACAGCAUGAUUGAUACGCGAUGGAGCCAGCCAAUCGUGCGAAGUCUGUUUGGAAUCAUGGGAUAUGUCAUGACUGUCUGGGUGCCUGGUAUCAUUGCAUCCUGAGACCAAAAUUCCCACUAGCAAGUGCGUAUAUGUCCUUUAAGACGUGUCGUUGUCGUCACGAGCUAGGCCCAUUCGUUCGGCCACCGUAUCUUCGCGUUUCUGACGACUCGGGUUUUAUAAUUCACCAUCUCUUUGAAAAUAUGCCAUUGCUAUGGGACAUCUUUGAUCUUUCACCCGGAGGGCCACACGCCUCGGAUUAUUCAAUAUGCAAGCCAAAAACAGCAGUUUUACCUCGUCUUCACGGCGCGGCGGACAUGAAUGCACAGUGUGCACUGCGCAGUGCAGAGCAAUUUGUCACCUGUCUACAUUGCCUUCCUUAUCAUUCAAUAUACACACGCGCAAAAGAAGUCCAACUCUCACCUGACCCAAAAAGUACGCUCCAAUCUCUUCCAUCAGUCGCUGGGACGAUUCUAAGAGAAUAUGAUACCUGUGUUAAAUCUGUCGUAUACGGGACCCUUGCAGUGUUGUCCAUAACUUGACCGUCCCUAGAGAUGACAUAUCACACCAGAAAGGGUUGUAUCAAGGAAGCAAUUCGACCAUCUCCAUGGGCCACUGGAUCGCAGCUGUAGGCCUAGGCAGGAUCCGGUGCAGAUUCCAAAGAGACUCUGGAUUGGGGAAGAAAGUACUCCGCCUUUUCUUGGAAGCAGGUGCAGAAAAUUUUCUCCCUGUCUGGCAGAUCGAGCCACACUCGCAUUAUUUGACUUGAGUUUUUCGUUUUGGCGAUUCAUGAUGCUCGACCCUCGACAAGGAUG